CUUCAGUACUCACAUAUCUGCAUGCUGUGUGUAUCUUCUACUAUUGGAUGAUCUUUUUUUUCAAUUUGUUGUUUAUUCAUUGCAGGAACAAUCAUCCAAGCGCGCAGACCUCCAGUCCACUCCGGUCCAGUCCGCGGCGGUAAUGCCGCCAUAGACGCAGAACUAGCCGUAGAAGAAGAAGAAGAGGCGGAAGAGUAGCGGAUGUUUUGAUAUUUUUUGGAAAGCAUUAGUGAUUUACUUGGGUCUUUAUUCCACAAAACGUGUUUUAUGCCUCUGAAUUAAUGUACGCGAACGUGUAAGACAACAAAAGACAAGUCAGCCUGGACUGUAGCGGCUGUGUUGGUGUUUUUCCAUCGGAUGGUGUUAGCCUAAAAGGAAAAUGGGUAAAAAGUCCAAAAAGAGAAAGCGCAAGAAGUCUUCCUCAAGUGAAGGAGAUAAGGAGGCAUCCAAGGAACGAGAUGUUACCAAAAAAAGAAAAAGCGCUAAGAGGGAGCAAGACGUAAAGAGUCAGGAAAGAGGUGCCACGAAAGAGGAAAGGAGUGCUCGUCCUACUGUAAAAGAUGACUCCCAAAGCACACGUCGGAUCAAAAAGCCUGUCUACAGCCUGGCAAAAACAAAAGCAACAGACCAGAAACCUGUUGACAAGGAAGAAGAAUGCACAAAAAGAAAAAGUGUCUCUGUGCCAUUUCAUGGGGUAACUUACUCCAGUAAAACAAAAACUGAUAUUUCAGGGAAACAUUACUCUGUCAGUGGAACUGUGGAAAGGAAAUCCUCGAAAUCCUUAAACACCAACAAUGCAGAUACAGUUCCUCGUAGAACAGAGAUGUGUAAAAGCAGCUUAGAUGAAAAGUCUUCCCACAGGAGCCCAUCCAAAUCAAAAAAGGAGAUAGUGAGUCCCAGUCUGGUUUCUGCUGAACAGAAAGAACAAGCACAUAAUGUACUGGAGACAAAGGGCACAGCUGAGGAGCCACGAAGGACUGAGAAUUACAACAACACUAUCAAGACCAGGGAACCAAGCAAGGCGCCCUCUGUCUCCAAGGAUUCUGCAGAGCAGAAGACAAACGGACUGCUCAAGAAAAUGGACCGAUGGUAUCGAGAAAUUAAGCUUAAGGCCGCAAGGGGCCUGCGUACAGAAGCAAAAACUCCCUCUGCAUCUACCACAAAGCAGUCUUCUCCUUCAGCCAAGUGCGCUUUCUCAGUCAGUAGCUCAAAGAAUGUCACUUCCAUCCCAGGGAAUGUCACAUCAGUGUCACAUAAGCCAAAUAAGUCCUCGUCUGCUCAGGAAGAAAUCAGUUCAAUCGCAUUACCUCCUCCUCUUAAUUUUAAGAUACCGAAGAAAGUUCAUCCAAGGCCAGUUUAUAGCACCAGUGAGAAAAAUGAUGCUAUUGCUACAGAGAAAAAUCUCAAAUAUGGGACUGAGCUUUCAGAGUCUGCCUUAAUGAGCAAAUCCAAGCAGGAAACUGUCCAACAAACUCAAAGCCGCUUGGAUGUUACUCCUAGUUCUUCACAUCAAGGGCAAGAUAACAGUUCAUCUUUGUCAGGCCAACUCCCAGUCACUGAGCUGUGGAAUGACCAGAAGCAAGUGGUUGAAGAACUUCACCUUGCCCGCUCUCAGAAGAGAUUGGAGCUCAAUGUAUUGGAAAGCUAUGGCCAACUCACCUGUAUGGACAUAGACCCACCAGAAGAGAGAGCAGACACGCACUGUAAACAACCUCAGCAAGACCUAAUCCUCGUUUUGGACACCAACAUUCUCCUGAGUCACCUGGAUUAUGUGAAAAAGAUCAGAUCUCACGGCCUCGGAGGCCUCGGCUUCCCUGUAAUCCUAAUCCCAUGGGUGGUGCUUCAGGAGAUGGACUCAUUAAAAAGGGGGAAAGGCCUAACAGGUUCAGUGGCCCACCUCGCCGUUCCUGCCAUCUCGUAUGUUUACAACUCGUUGAAGAGCCGGGAACCUCACCUCUGGGGGCAGUCUAUGCAGCAGGCCGCGGAGAUCAACAAUGGUCUGAAUGCUGAGAAUAAUGAUGACAGAGUGCUGCAGUGCUGCCUGCAAUACCAGACUCUGUACCCAGAGUGUGCUCUCAUCCUAUGCACCAAUGAUAAGAACCUAUGCAGUAAGGCCCUCCUGAGUGGGGUUAAUGCACUAAGCAAGAAUGAUUUGGAGGCAGAGGUUGAAAGAUCCAGACAUGGCUUUCAUCCUCUGCAAAACAUUAAGCCUCAUAUGCCAAUGCUGAGCAUGAGCUAUACUUCGGCCCAGCCACAAAGUGAAGAGAGAACAGGCCUCUGUGGAGGACUCGUAGAGAAAGAUAACAAGAAACUGAGCAAAAGAGAAGACGGAAGGCCGAAAUUCCUCAGUAUAUGUGUUUCUGAACUAGAAGAGUGUCUGCAACAGGUGCUGUCUGAUGUGUUAGAGGUGGAGAUGAAGGCAGUUUAUGAAGACCUCUGGAUAGAGAUAGUUUAUCUAAAACCACCCUGGACUUUGCAAGAUGUCCUCCAGUGUUUCAAAAAACACUGGAUUGCUGUCUUUGGGUACAUUGCCCCACGCAGCAAAGAGAAAGCUGUAUUAAAUCUAAUUGACUUCUUCAGUUCAGGUAAGACAGUGGAUUGUAGCACUACCUUAGCAGCGCUCCAAGAAGCUAAGGAGCUUGUGAAAGUGUUUGGGAAAAGAUCAAGCCGUGUUCCCGGUGCCAUCUCCAUAAUGGACAACAUUUUCAACAAGCUACAGCCGCAGGGUGAAUCUCCUGCCUGUGAUGUUAUCAUGAAUGAUGAUGAUGAUGCUGAUGAUGAAGACAAACAGCCCGUGUCUGCUCGAGUCUCUCACCAGGAAGUGUGGGCCUUGUUUGAGAACAUCUGGUCCAAUGUGUGUCAAAUAAGCUCGGAAGUGUUCAAAGCUCUGGGCUUUGACCCUCACACUAUGCAGAGCGCACAGCCAGUGGGAGGUCCUUCACCACCGCAGGACGCCUUGGUCUGUUUGCACAAACUGUCCUCCAUGGUCUCACAUCUGCUCCAUGCCUUCAGCAGUGUCUUGUCCUCAGCCCCUGGUUUAGAGGAAGCCCAAACACUGCUCAACAUCAUCCACUCUAAUGAGAUCGCUAAUGUGGAUUCCAGGUUGACAGCCAAAGACCUUAUUGAUUGUUUCUCACAACAAGACUACAGGGAGAAGCUGGGAGCUGGAGGGAACAAGUUAAUGGAGCUAAAAGCAGCCUUUGAUUGUUGUGUCGGGACCACAAGUCAACACAUCACCUUUCCCACGUAGUCCUGAUUGGACCAGAAUCAGGGAGUCUGCACAUGAGCCAAACAGAUGCCCUGUAACAGUGAAACUCUUGAGUUUAAAGGGACGUCUGCUCAUGACUGAAACCUGUUUACUUUCUUUGGUUUGUACUGAAUGUUUCUUCUAACACUGUCGUUUCCCUGAAGGAAUGUAUCUAUGCAUAUUCUGCAUCAUUCUGAAGUUUACAGAAUUUACAAAUAUUUUUAGUAUUUAACUUUUACAGUACAUAGAGUUCAUCUACAUUAGAUACCGCUUCCAAACUUCUCCCAUAUUCAUAUUGCUUCAGUUAUUUUACACCUGGUUCUUAUGUGGUCCUGCUAAAUCGGUUGAGCAGUGAUUUCUUAUUUUUUUAACUUUCACAGAGCUUUUUAUAUUUCAGUUUACCAAGUCUAUAGACAUGCACAUAAAAUAUUGCAUUAUGUGAAAAGCAAUUUAUUUAAUAAAAAAAUAUAUAUAUAUUUGCUUUUGAAACAGUUUGUUAAAUAGUGUGCACAGAAUUUAUUUAGUGUGAUAUUUUUUUUUUGGACGUUAUGAAUGUGUUAUGUGCAGUGUUUGAAGGUACCCACCUCUGUGACAGACAGGGGGCACUACCCCUUUUUUUUUUAUGUAUAUUUUAAUAUCCGUUCACCAGACUGUAUUAAAAAGUUGUUUCUCAUUGUUUAUGACCGUAUAACGUUACCAAAAGCUGACUCAAGCACCUCACUGGACUUCAAGAAGUAGUACAUUUUGGUACACUUAUUUACUUUCUUGCUGAGAGUUAGAUGAGAAGAAUAGUACUCUCAUUUCAGUCCAUUAAAUAUGAAGCUAGAUCUUGGACACCAUUAACUUAGCUUAGCAUAAUGACUGGAAGCGAGGGGGAAACUAACAAAACCUGCCAACUGGCGAGAAUUCAGGGAAGUCACCUCAGGCCUUCUUCAGUUACUCUGACACAUAGUGUUUAAUUCACAAGCCUUAGGGGAAAAUAAAAAUGUUCUUCUACACCUGUUAUUCAGCUGUGGUGUUGUGUAAAUGAUGUAAACACUGUUUGGCCUCAGGACUAAAAUGCAUCAUUCUGGGCUGAAAAUAGACAUUAGUGAGAUCACAAAAAAAAUCUCUUUUAAGAUGCAAACUGAUCAAACAAAACAAAACAAAAAUUGGCAUUCUUGACACUUGGUUUUUGAAUUUAUUUUAAGUAAACAAGAUAUAACAUGUUAUUCAUUUUAAUGAGCUUCAGAGAAGCUGGUUGGUGGAUUUUAUUACCUUUAGUCAGAACCAGGCUGCUAGUUGUUUCCCCGUUUCCAGUCUUUGUGCUCGUCAUGUCAUUUAAAAAAGAAUGAUACAUAUUGUUUUGAGAGUCAGACACUCACUGUGUUCAUGUUUUACCUCAUAAAAUAGUCACAAACCAUGCUUUAGACUUUCCACCACGGCACAACUGCAAAUGUAGCUAAGAAAAUAAAACAAAGCAAUAAAUAAAGUUUGGUUUGACAUCCAGUUUUCUUGGAUGUCCCAGUGAGGAGCUGAGACUGAAGUUAUCUUGAAAACUGAAGCUGUUGGUGAGGUUGUGUCAUACAUAAGGAACACUGGUGUACAUAUGGUGUAGUUUGGAAACAAAAGCAGUAAAAGUUAGUUUAUCCUAAACUCCUAAGUUUAUCCGUUUUUGCAAAGUUUGGGUUGUUUUUUUUAAGUAAAAAUCUAAAAAUCAUUGAGAACAAAAUAUAUUUUGUGAUGUUUACAAGAAAUUAAAUCUUUUGAAGCACUGUCUCACAUAAUUUGCUUCCACUGAUCUUUUAUGAGUGAUUUUCAGAGUCAAGUAAUCAUGCAAAACUGCCUUACUUGUGAUAUUCCCUGCAGUUUUUAAGGAAAAGCUCAGCUGUCUCAGUGCCGUACGAGUGCUGUGAUUGAUAGUCUGAGUACAUGUGGCUGCAUGUGUGCGUAUAGUGACUAAGGAGAUUAGAGCGCCGGUGACACCGGCAGACCGAGAUUACACCUGCUGUAGUGACACACAGUAAGGCUAAAGCGUCAGACGUCACGCAGGAGCAGGUGUAGGGGUUACACGGGAGGGGACAUAAUGAGAGAACUUCCUGCCUCGUUACAUCAUUGCAGAGUGGGAGGGCUAUGCAGACGCAGCUGUUGCUGAACAUUAUGUUCAGUUGUAACGUUGGACUCUGACAUUGACUUUUUGUUCCAGAUGUAUCUCAUGCGUCAUCAGUUGGGUUUUAACUGAAAACCCAAUUAAUCAUUUAUAAAAAUGUGCAGUGAUGUUUCAAUGGAGACUUCAUUUCUAAAUAUAAACCACCUUCAUGCCAGGGCAGUCUGUGCCAAAGGAGCUCACCUUCACCCAAAGGAACACUUUCCCUCUUCAGCCUUGCUAAUGUUAAACAGCUUUAUCCUAGUUUGUUGAUGUGCUGGAAAUUUCCCUUAAUUUCCUUUUAUUCAUUUUCUGCUUUUGUAUAAAUUUGGUUUCCAUUGCUGGUUGUAAAUUGUAAAAUGAUAUGUAAUCAUCUAACAUUCCUAGAUGUUACAUUUGUAUUUUUUGUAACAGAUCAUGCUCUUGCUCGUUAAUUUAAAUUCAAAAGAGGAAGCCAGCAAAAUGUGUUCACAAAUAACCGUGGAAGAGAGACGGUGACAUAGAUGUGACAUAGACAGACUCCCUCCAUUUAGUCCCUGCUUCCUGUAGCACGGCCCAUAUGCUGCUUUAUUUUAUUUUUUGUCAUGACUGUCAGGUGUGUCAGUUGAGAUUAACAGAGGCUAACUUGUGAAUGAGCACAGCGUGAGGAUUUAAUAAACUGACUCACAGUCAGUGAUCUCUGGGGUCAUGCAGAUGCAGCCAACUCAGCCAGUCCCCCCUUUCAAACACUCAGUGACUGUCGUCGUCCCUUCCUGCGGAGGUCUGUUAGCCAGCUUAGUAUAAUCUCCUCUAAAAGACACUUAGAGGAGCAGGAAAAAAAACCUGGCUUAGUGUGGUAGUCCCUGAGGAAAAUGGUGGCACUGAAAGCUUAGACAGCAGUGACCAGGAUAUAGCAAUUACUCAGAGCAGGACAGGGUGGAGUGGGGGACGAGGUGGUGGCAAAGUCUAAAUUUAGGGUCAGAAAAUCAGCUGUUGGGAAUUUUAUUCAUGGCUUGCAGCACCUGGUCGAGCAGCUGACCUAAGAGUUAAAAAUGCUAAAGCCUCUGAUACAUAACCAGACCUCUCUAGAGUACGUCACUGUGACAUGUUAUGUCUAAAUUAUUGCCCAACAUCACUUAAUGACACAUUUAGAAAAGUAGGCCAAAGACAAAAAUCAGAUUUAAAUGAUUUAUUAAUUAAGAAAUGUUACAAAUGUGAUAAUUUUCUCGCUCUAACAUUCCUUCCAGAAGAAUCUGCCAAUGCCUGACACUUUAAAACACAAAAGAAAAAAAGAAAAGGAUCUUCAGUAAACUGCAUCUCUAUAUACAUCAAUUGGUUAAAUCACAAUAACAAAAGUUUGGUUAGCAGAAGCAUGGUUGUGCGUGUGGUGCGUGCACAAAAAAUGAACUAAAACUGGCACUGGUUAGAUUCGUUGACUUAAGCUGUCUGCUACUACUUUUUAUUUUAUCGGUAAAUCAGCAGUGUAUAAAAAAUAUAAAAAAGGCCAUCGUUUGAGAUUCAAAAAGCAAUCCAGCUUGUUUAAAAUGACACAAAAGCCAUGACAGGUGUUUUAUCAACUCGCACUCUGAGUAAGGCUUCAAACCAUUGACCUUUAAAUAUGUGAGCAAAAUUACAUUUCCACGACAGAAAUAUUCUUAAAUAAAACUUUGAACUUUCCAAAGAAAAAAAAAAAA